GGAUUUUCACCGUAAUCUUUUUCCUGUUUAUCAUCACCAGUGGGUCUCUGCUUUCCACUUUCUAGAUUAAGCUUUUAUUGCGAGUAUCCCAUGGAACCGGAGGAUUAAAUUCAAUGGCAACAAAAGGUGGGCCUUCGAUGAUGUUGGACAAGGAUUCUGCUACCAUCCGCCCUAUAAAUAAGGGCGUUGUUCACCGAAUCUGCGCUGGACAAGUGAUUUUAGACCUUUCCUCCGCCGUCAAGGAGCUCGUUGAGAACAGCUUGGAUGCCGGCGCCACCAGCAUCGAGAUCGCUCUUAAAGAUUACGGAGAAGAAUCCUUCCAGGUUAUCGACAACGGUUGCGGCAUUUCUUCUCACAACUUUAAGGUUCUUGCACUGAAGCAUCAUACGUCAAAGAUAUCAGAUUUUCCGGAUCUUCAGUCAUUAGCAACAUUUGGAUUCAGAGGCGAGGCGUUGAGCUCCCUGUGUGCUCUGGGGGAGUUAACUGUUGAGACAAGGACCCAGAACGAAGCAGUUGCGACACACUUGACUUUCAACCACUCCGGGCUUCUUGUCACUGAAAGGAAAACAGCACGACAGAUUGGCACCACUGUCACCGUGAAGAAGUUGUUUUCUAGUUUGCCAGUGAGGAGCAAAGAGUUUCACCGCAAUAUACGCAAGGAAUAUGGGAAGCUUAUCACUUUGUUGAAUGCCUAUGCUCUUAUUGCUAAGGGAGUUAGACUAGUAUGCACAAAUACAGCUGGAAAAAAUGCAAAGUCUGUGGUACUUAGAACACAAGGAAGUGGAUCCCUUAGAGAUAACAUCAUAACAGUACUUGGUAUGAACACCUUUACCUGCUUGGAGCCUGUGGAAGUGAGUAUAUCAGAUGGUUGCACAGUUGAUGGUUUUCUUUCAAAGCCUGGAUAUGGAAGCGGACGCAAUUUAGGAGAUCGACAGUUCUUCUUUGUAAAUGGCCGACCUGUUGAUAUGCCGAAAGUAAGUAAACUUGUGAAUGAAUUGUAUAGAGGUGCAAACUCCCGACAGUUUCCAAUUGCAAUAAUGAAUUUCACAGUUCCCGCUAGAUCGUAUGAUGUAAAUGUUACGCCUGACAAAAGAAAAAUAUUUUUUUCUGAUGAAGUAUCCAUUUUGCGUACCUUAAGAGAAGCGCUGGAAAAUAUUUACUCACCAGAUUCUGCAAGUUAUUUAGUGCAUGAACUUGAUGAGCAGAGCAAGAAGAAAUCUACUUCCAAGUUUCAUUUUAAACAAGAGAACUCACAGCUGCAGAGAAGGCAAUCAUCUCAUUAUGACUGUGAUAAAGCUGAAGCAUGUGACAAAAAGCAACUUCUGGAUGGUGAUACUCUAUGUAUAGCAGAUAAAAAGGACAUGAAUGAUAUUUCUAUUGUGGAGGUGAAGGAUGGCAAUCUCAACCAUUCAGCAGGACGAGACUUUCUUCUGAGAGUCCAUAGCACUAAGAAGGAAGAUACCUUGUCUAGAUGUUCCUACAACAAAUGUAAGGAUCCUAGUAGUACUACAGAAAAGAAACCUUUGCCUCUUAGUUCAAGCCCACCAGAGGAAUCAUGUGAUGAUAAUUCACGUUUGCAGUGCCGUUCAACUAUUUUUCAGUCAUCGCUGAAGAAGUUUGUAAAUGUAACUAAAAGAAAGCAUGACAGUAUCAGCAAUGCACUCUCAGAAGUCCCUCUCCUUAGAAGCAGCCUAACUUCCUGUCAAUCAAAGGAACUCAGAUUUGGUAAGCACAAUACACACCCUAAUUUGCCGGUGAACAGCAUGAUAAUUGAUGAUUCAGAUGAAGUUAGUAAUAAUGGGCCUGAACCAUCUGAAUGUGUAAGAGUUAACCAAGUUUGCCAUGAGAGAGGCACAGCAUUUCCUGAUGAUAAAGAUAUGGAAAAUCGAGAAUCAACGCAGCAACUUAAAUUGGAAGAGACAGUGUUGCCUAUUCCUACAAGCAACAAUUUAGAAAAUAUGUCUGAGGACCUACUGGAUGAGACCAUAAGAUUGGAGUCUUCUGAUCCAUCUUCAGAUUCUCCAAUUUCUAGUCUGAACGUUGGAUGUACAUUGCAAUUUAGUUUUAAAGAACUGACAACGAGGAGGCAGAAGAGGCUUGCAAGAUUGCAUAUCCUGAAUCAUACCUCUCGAAAGAUGAAGAUUAAAGGGUCCUACACUGCAGCAACUUUAGAGCUCUCCCAGAUGACAAAUGAUGAAGGUAAAUCAAGAGCCUUAGCUGCUGCUACAAGUGAGUUGGAAAGGCUAUUCAAGAAGGAAGACUUUGAACGGAUGAAGGUUAUUGGGCAAUUUAAUCUUGGAUUUAUCAUUGCAAAGUUAGAUCAUGAUCUUUUCAUAGUGGAUCAGCAUGCUGCAGAUGAGAAAUACAAUUAUGAGCGGCUGUCACAGUCAACAGUCCUAAACCAGCAACCUUUACUCCAGCCAUUGAGAUUGGAGUUAUCCCCUGAAGAAGAAAUAGUCACUUCAAUGCAUAUGGAUAUAAUCAGGAGAAAUGGUUUCUCAUUGGAAGAGGAUGUGCAUGCUCCUCCUGGGCAGCGCUUUAAAAUCAAAGCAGUUCCAUUCAGUAAAAACAUUAUUUUUGGCGUUGCAGAUGUCAAGGAUCUGCUGUCAAUUCUUGCUGAUAGCCACGGGGAAUGCUCUAUCAUUGGCAGUUAUAGAUCAGAUACUGCUGAUUCAGUUUGCCCUCCUAGAGUUCGUGCGAUGCUUGCAUCACGUGCUUGUAGGUCAUCUGUUAUGGUUGGAGAUCCCCUUGGGAGAAAUGAAAUGCAGAAGAUACUUGAACAUUUGGCGGGCUUGAAGUCUCCUUGGAAUUGCCCUCAUGGCCGACCUACAAUGCGUCAUUUGGUUGAUUUAACAACCGUCCGUGGAAGAAUAAAUGUGGAGGAAGAAGCCAUGUAAGAGGUCGCGUUCUGAUUUGAUUCGUGUCAGAUUUUGUUCGCAUGCAUUAAUUGGUUUUUUUUUAUGAGAUGUGCUUGUAAGCUGUAACUCUCUAGUUCACGGAGCAGAAAAAUUAAAAAUGUAAAGAGAGCUCCUCGGAGAACAUUGAUAAAAGAUUGUGGCGGUGGCUGGAUUUUAUAUUUUGUUCUAAUUAUUGAGUUCGUUCUCAGCCCAUUUAUUUUAUGGGCCACGGGCCAGCCCAAGUUUU